GAACGUUGACUAUGUUGUUUAUGUUUGUGAGUUUUGCUAUGAGAGUUGAUAGAAAAAGGAAAUAAGAAAAUAAAAUAAUUAAAAUUUUCUUGUAACUUGAAUUUUGACUUGUGUGUCUCAACUUUUGUAGAAGCUAUUUUAUCUAAGUUGCAUAAGUUAUUUAUGUUUGGCAACUCCUAUUAGUAGUUAGUCAUGUUAGGUUAGAUAUCCAUUGGUUAGUUACUUUGUGAGCUACAUAGACGGAAUAAGGCAUGUUGAUGUUGUCUAUAAUAUAAGAGAAAAAGGGUUAUGUACCCACAGUGUAGAAAAUUUUACACAAUCAUUCAAUCACAACCCACCAUGUAUGAUAAGUUUGUUGACUUUUAAAAUAAUUAUAUUAAUCUAAUUCAAGUGGAGAUUUGUAAUUGGAUGACAAUGUAAAGUGCAUAGACAUUAAAUUCUAAAUAUAAAUAGGAAGGGGAGAGAUAGAUCAAUUUUGGUCAUUUGUGAGAUAAUUUGGGACUUUGAGCAUAGUUAAACACUGUAUUGCGGGGAGAAAUCCCGUAUUCUUGCUAUUAAGAUACUAGGUUUCUAUCACGUGGUAUUAGAGCCUUCUGCCAUGUCUGAGUUGCAAACGAGCAACAUGGGCGGUGAUGCUGACAUUGCAGUGUUAUCUCGAGAGUAGUCAAAGGGCUAGUGCAGAGCAAACUCACAUGGUCGUCUUAGUUGUGGAUGUGUGGUGGGAUGUUAGGAUCAAAUUGCAAGGUAAGGGACUUGAGUCCCACAUUGGAAGCAAGGGAUUCUAGUGUGUCGUUUAUAACACUUUGGGCUCUCCAAGCUUUUGUGUUGUGAUUCUCCCAAGGUUCUUAUCAUUUUAACUUAUUAAAAACAGUUUGAUUCAUUUUAUUUUAUUUUAUAAGUACUUAUGGAUUAGUUUAUUCAAACAAAAAGUUUUUAUUAUGCACAAUUGGUGCAUGAGUUUAUGUGUCUUUGAUGUGUUUGUUGUUUAUGAAGUUAUUGAUGUACAAUUGGUGACUUGGUAUGAUUGAAUAGUCAUUUUUAUUGUGAAAUUUUCUGUUCAUUGGCAUAAAGAGGAUUGCUAGUAUGAUACUCUCUGACACAUUACUUCUAACACUAUUAUUAUUGGUAAAAGUUAUUGGAAACCACAAAAUGAUGCAUGGUGUUUUAUUAAGUAAGGAGUGAGAUCUACACAAUUUUGUGAGUUUUAAUAAAUUUCAACCAAUAAAGAGUGUGUUUGAAACUGUUUAGCAUUUCUAAUAAAGAGGUAAGUAUUAUGUUAUUGAUACAGAAGCUCAACAAUAGGGUGUUGAGGACAAAGUGCAGAAAUCAAUGGAGCCAUUACAGAAAACAGAGGUGCAGAUAGAAGGAGAAGCUAAGAGGGCCAUCACAAAGCCCUCUUACCUUAAAGAUUACGUGUAAGGCUUCGUAAAAGGAAGCUGACCUGGUGGUGUGAAAUUGCUAAUGAUUUGUUGGUGUACCUCAGAGGGGACAAGCAUAACCAAAAUUGUGUAGCCAGCAUUUCAGUAGAAUAUUCCUUAGCAGUAAAUGAUAAAUUCUGUUAGACAAGGAAGUAGUAUAAAAUAAAACAAUUGUAAUGAUCAUGGAUAUGAAAUACAAAAUCUUCCUUUUCCUUCCUUUCUCCAGGAGGUACUGGCCUCGAAUCCAGCUUCUUUUCUGUUUUUGCGUAUCAAUUUUGGUGCUCUCAUUUUGAUUCACACACAGCCAUGGGUACCCCUGACAGACUUGAUGAAAUUUUAUUCCGCCUUACACAGAAUCAAUCGUCCCUUGGUGAAUCCAUGAAUUCCUUGACCCAAAAAAUCGAGGACUUGCUUACCCGUGUCUCCCCCGCCCUCUUCGCCUCAGCCUCACCAUCCAUGUCCUUUCCACCAUCCCCCACUGUCCUUGCAAACACACACCGCAUGAAAUUAGAUGUCCCGAGGUUUGACGGUACUGACCCCCUAGGUUGAGUUUUCAAAAUCAAUCAGUUUUUCGAAUAUCACCGUACAUCGGAAACUGAGAGGCUCACCAUUGCUUCCUUCUACAUGGAAGGCAGAGCACUAGCGUGGUUCCAGUGGAUGACCUCGAAAGGUCAGUUCACGUCUUGGCCUGUCUUCCUCCAAGCCCUACAAACGCAUUUUGCACCAUCACAGUACAAUGAUCCUACGGGAGCAUUAUUCAAAUUGACACAGAGGGGUUCCGUUGCUCAUUACUUGUUGGAGUUCCAGGACCUCGCAAAUCGCAUCAUCGGUCUUCCCUCACUGUUCCUACUGAGCUGUUUUAUCUCUGACUUAACUCUGGAGAUCCGCCGCGAGGUGCAGGCGCACCAACCACUGACCUUGGUGCAGGCCGCAGGUCUGGCUCGUCUCCAGGAAGAGAAGCUACUGGACGCUCGCCAACCUUCACGCUCUCGGGUUCCUCCACCGCAGCCCACCCCACCUCUUCCCCCUCCGCGAGCUACUCCUCUCCCACCACUGUUACCUCCUCCUGCUCGCCCUCCGCCUCCAACGGUGAAGCGUCUCUCUCAGGAAGACAUCAUAUCCCAUCUUGAGUGUGGCCUUUGUUUUAAUUGCGAUGAGAAAUACCAUAGAGGCCACCGCUGUGCCUCUAGGGUUUUUCUGCUAAUCGCUGAGGAAGAAGACCCAUCCCUGUCUGAUAUAGUGCGCCCUGACCCGUUACCCGACCCGCCCGAUAAUGUGGAUUCAAUUGACCCGAACCCGACCCAAAUUAGUUUUAACUCCCUGGCAGGCCAUGUGGCACCGGAGACGUUGCAUUUAAUAGGCACAAUCGCUGACCAUCGUGUCGUGGUGUUGGUGGAUGGCGGCAGCACACAUAAUUUUAUCCAGCAUCAGUUGGUGACUCAAUUGCAACUUCCCUGUCGUGACACCUCUCCAUUGCGGGUCAUGGUGGGCAAUGGACAACACCUCACCUGCACACGUGUCUACGAAGCCAUCGUCCUCAACAUGCAAUCUGCUCAGUUCACUGUAGACCUCCACGUGUUACCCAUUUCCGGUGCUAACGUGGUUUUAGGGGUCCAGUGGCUCAAGGCCUUGGGACCAAUCCUCACUAAUUACAACACCCUGUGUAUGCAAUUCUUCCAUGGCGGCCGUUUGGUGGAAUUUGCAGGGGAGAACAAAUCCACCAUGAAUGCGUUAACUCCGUCACAAUUCCGUCGGCUAUCUCGGACACAAGGGGCUGGCAUUUAUUGCCAUAUCUCCAUCCUUACCGACAACCCUGACCCCAUUGAAUCCCUCCCCUCACCCAUUCGAGACCUUCUCGCCAAGUUCCACUUCCUGUUUAACCAGCCUGACACUUUACCACCGGCGCGAGAUACAGACCACCAUAUACACCUUCUUCCUCAAUCCACCCCUGUAAAUGUCCGUCCAUAUCGCUACCCACACUUUCAGAAGUGUGAAAUUGAGCUCCAAGUUGAAUUGAUGCUGCAGAAGGGCCUGAUCCAACCCAACACCAGCCCUUUUUCUUCUCCGAUGCUCUUAGUCAAGAAGCAUGACGGGACAUGGCGGUUUUGCGUAGAUUACCGCGCUUUGAAUGCCAUAACUAUCCGGGAUCGUUUUCCCAUUCCUACUAUUGAUGAGCUGCUUGAUGAGUUAGGAGGGGUCACUUGCUUCUCUAAGCUUGAUCUUCUGCAGGGCUACCAUCAGAUACGUAUGCACACGGCUGACGUCCCCAAAACUGCCUUUCGCACCCAUCAUGGCCAUUACGAAUUCAGAGUAAUGCCAUUUGGGUUGUGCAACGCACCAUCCUCGUUCCAAGCCACUAUGAACAAGAUCUUUCAGCCUUACCUUCGUCAACUUGUCAUCGUCUUCUUCGACGACAUAUUGUUAUAUAGUGCUUCCUUUGCAGAUCACUUACUUCAUCUGGAAAUAGCAUUUCAGGUACUAUCGGACAAUCAAUUCUUUUUAAAACUCACAAAAUGCUUCUUUGCUCAAAGCCAGGUUGAGUAUCUCGGCCACCUUGUGUCGCGUAAGGGGGUAGAACCUUUAGCUUCUAAGAUCAAGGCAAUUCGACAAUGGCCGACACCACGCACUAUGAGGGCGGUGUGAAGCUUCUUGGGGCUUGCGGGGUUCUAUCGCA